GGAAUAAAGCAUACGUCAAUGAUAACCCAUGCAAGUUCAAUAACAAAAGAAGGCAUACUAGUGUUUGAAAGUAAACCGGUAGAAUCAUGUGUUUAUGUUUUAUGGUUAACUUGACUCUGUUUUGUUUAAAAUUUGAAAAUGAAUAGUUCUAGUGCUGAGGAAGUCAUUGUCAUGUUUUAUUGGCAGCAGUGGAUUAAAAUAAAUCAAAAGAAGAAAGUAUGGAGGCAUUCCUACUUGGAAAGAAACAUUAAUUGUCACCUGUUUGUUGCUACAAGAGAAUUUGAAGAAAGUGACACAUUUUUGGCAUUUUACAGAAUGUCAAAAAAAACUUAUAUUGGACUAAUGGUGGCUGUUGCUCCAGCCAUUUAAUAAGCUAACAGAAAUAUGAGGGAAUGCAUGAGUGCAGAAGAGCGAAUUCUUAUAUCAUUGAGGUACUUGGCUAUAGUGCCUACAUUUGUUUCUCUGGGGCUUUACGUUUGCCGAGGAGUCGUGUUGGGCGAAUUGUGUCUGAAACUACCUAUGUUAUAUGGACUGUUUUGAAAGAUAUUUGUAUACCACUCCCAACUAUGGAAUUAUGGAAGAGAAUUGCUGAACGUUUCCAUGCUGUUUGGAACAUCCCAAAUUAUAUUGGAGCCAUUGAUAGCAGACAUAUCCGAAUUAAGAAACUUCCCAAUUUUAAUUACAAAUCAUUCCAUUCUUUAAUUCUUUUGGGAUGUUGUGAUGCAGGUUUUUUUUUUUACCAUGAUUGAAACUAACUUUGCUGGUAUAUUAUUUUGUGGGAGAUGAAGCUUUCCCACUAUCUUCUUAUUUGAUAAGGCCAUAUUCAAAAAAAGUUUUGCAUAACAAAAAGCGAAUUUUUAAUUAUGGGUUAAGUAGAGGAAGAAAGACUGUUGAAUGUGUCUUUGGAAUGAUUGGAAAAUUUCACAGUUGCUGAG